AUGACUCCGGAAGAUAUCGAGAAAGCCCAUGGUUCCACUUCCCUGCACAGUGUCAGCCAAUCCGAGCUCGAAAGCACCCCUACAAAAGAGAGCCACGAACCUAUUUUUGAAUCUAAGCCUCGAUCAAAGAUCUUAAGAUGGUUUCAGGGAUUCAAAGGCGUGGAGUCACGCGGGAUUGAGCGAGUACCAAUUGAAGAGCGAGAACCGGUCACAUCAUCUACCACUUUACAUAUGCUACUCAUGUGGUUUAGUAUGACAUUGGCUACAAACAACAUCAUUGUUGGAUCUAUGGGGACUUUGGUCCUUGGUCUCAGCUUCAAAGAUGCAGCUCUUUGUGGGGUUCUGGGGAUUUUUUUGGGAACAGCGAUUGUUGGGUAUAUGAGUAGUUGGGGCCCACUGAGUGGGAAUCGAACCUUGAUUGUGACGCGCUAUUUUAUGGGCUAUUAUCCAAGCAAGAUCUGCUGCGGACUAAAUAUCUUUACCAAUCUAGGUUACAGUAUGGUCAACAGUGUUGUUGGUGGUCAAAUAUUGUCCAAGGUUUCUGGUGGACAUAUUUCUGUGCUGGUAGGAAUAGUGGUUGUUGCAUUGAGCAGCUGGGCUAUGGCUAUGUUUGGCAUGAAAAUCUUCCAGAUUUAUGAACGAUUUGCAUGGCUUCCGCAGUUGAUGGUACUAUGUAUCAUGCUGGGCUCAGCCGGACCUCAUUUCGAUUUCAACGUCCACACUACAUCUUCUCAAUUGGAAUUGAACGCGAAAAGAAUCAGCUUCGUUUCCCUUUGCUUGUCGAUCGGUCUGGCCUGGGCUCCUCUGGCAGCGGAUUACUACGUCUACUACCCGCCCCACGUCAAGCGCUGGAAGACCUUCACCGUGACAAUGCUCGGAUGUCUCCAAGCAAUGUCCCUGACAAUCGUAUUGGGUGUUGGACUCGGAACAGUCCUAGCUAGCUCACCUGCCUACGUUGCUAAGUACGGAAGUGACCCCGGUGGUCUGUUGAUGACGGCAUAUGAUUCACUGGGAGGGUUUGGGAAAUUUUGCGCAGUGAUCAACGUUUUUGCGCUGAUUGCGAACAACACUCCCGGUACUUAUUCUAUGGGUAUGAACUUCCAAAUGCUUGGUGGGUUCUUCCAGCGAGCACCACGUGCUAUCUUCACCACCCUCAGCACCGUGAUCUAUACUGGCUGUGCGAUGGGCGGUCGCAACUCCUUGUAUGAAGUUUUCAAGGGAUUCUUGCCUCUGAUUGGAUACUGGGUUAUCAUUUGGUUUGUGAUUGUUGUUCAGGAGCAUGCAUUCUUCCGGAGAAUGAAAGGAUAUGACUGGACAGCCUGGGAUAACCCCCAGCACCUGCCCAUGGGGAUUGCAGCUGGAACCGCUUUUUUGAUCGGUUGGGUCGGCGCCAUUCUGGGAAUGGAUCAAAAUUACUACGCUGGAGUGAUCGCUCAAAUUGCGGGUGGAUCGGAUCUAGGCCUGUGGAUCGGGGCUGGAUUCACCGCUGUGGCCUUUCCACCUUUGAGGGUUCUCGAGCUAUGGUUCUUCAAGCGUUAG